AUGAGUUCACUCACGCGCCUCCUCAUCGCUCUCUCGCUCGCCCUCAUAUCCACCUCCACGCCGCCGCUCUCCGCCGCCGCGAACCCACCGACGGUGUACGAAGCUCUGGAAUCGUACGGUUUUCCCGUGGGCCUCCUCCCCAAGGGCGUCACGAGCUACGAGCUGGACUCUGCCACCGGAAAAUUCUCCGUGCAUCUGAACUCCUCCUGCAGCUUCACCAUAGACGGGUACGACCUGAAGUACAAUCCGACGAUCGCCGGCACGAUCUCGGUGGACCAGAUCAAGGAUCUGAGCGGUAUUCAAGUCAAGGUGCUUCUCUUUUGGGUGAACAUCAUCGAGGUCACUAAGUACGGCGACCAGAUGGAGCUUUCGGUCGGCAUCGCGUCGGCGGAUUUUCCGGUGGAUAAUUUCUACGAGAGCCCGCAAUGUGGUUGUGGAUUUGACUGUGCGAACGGGGGCAAAAGGAAUGGGAAAUUUGGGUUCGAGAGACUUGUUCCUCUUGCGGAGGCAUGA